UAUACCAGACAGUCUCAGCGAAAGAGAGGGAAAGAAAGAGAGAUGCAGGAAACGAGGGCUAUGAGCAGCUCCGCCAUGGAAGCUAUAGCGGAAAGAUUAUCAUCGAUGGAGAACCUCUAUUUCCCACGCGCAGUCCAAGAAACCGCUGUCAACGCUUUGCAACGAAAGUCCAUUCUCCUCAACCUCCUCUCCAAAGACGUUGCCGUCUUCUUAGAGCGGUAUGGAUCGAAACUGACUAGCGAAGAGCUUCAAGGAUUUGAUGUCUUGAAGGACGAUUACGAAGUGAAUUGGCACCUAAAGCAUCUCCGUAGCUUACUUAUUCCCACUACGGAGGAGGUCCGUUCUCGAUCUGUGAAAGUGAAGAACCGUCGACUUGCUUACUUGAAUAAGCUUAUCAGCGAUGGGCUUUACUUCUCUGAGGAGGCGAUGAGGGAGAGGGAGCCGUAUCUGCAUCAUGAGUAUGUGGGGAAGUUUCAGGAUCCUACGGGCAGGAGCAUGGCCCGUACUGGGGAACGUUGGUCGGAGACCCUGAUGCGGAGGUCGGAAGAAGCAAUUUUGAUCGCAAAGAUUAGAGGGGAGCAGCAGAGGUUGGGUGUUCCUGAGAAGGAUUGGGUCGGCAAUGAAAGACAUAUAGAAAACGAGGAGGAGGAGGAGGAGGAGGAGGAGGAAGAAGAAGAAGAAGAAGAAGAGGAUGAGGAAGAUGAGGAAGAAGAAGGCGAUAAGGGGAAGGAGAAUCCUCUUGGUUCAGAGGCAACCAAUGCUGUGCAGCACGCUGGCAUGGAGCCACGUGAGGAAUCACCUGUAUCUGCUGCAGAGAUACAAGAUCAGAUGGAGCAAUUCAUCCACAUAAUGCAACAUAAGUUUUUGUCAGGGGAAGACUCUCAGCAUUUGGACUACACUAAAAUAGAUGAUGACGAGACACUGGACGAUCACUGGAUGACGGAGGCCAAUCAUGAUGCCGAGGAAAAAUAUUUUGCUGAGGAUGAUGAAUAGCAAACAAAACCAUCAGGAUCUCUAUUUGAGGCUUCACAAGUAGCUGACUGUUUAUAGUUAGAGCUAAUUUUCUCUUUUACCAAAAUCUUCCUUCUCUUCCCUCC